CCGCGGCGCUGCCUCUCCCUCGCGGUGACGUGUCGUCCUGGCAGCGGCGGCCCCCGGAAGCGGCGGGCGGCAGCGUGGGGCCGGCGCUGAGGCAGGGGGCGGGGGCGAACGGGAGCGCCGCCGCCGGAGCGGGCAGCGCCGCAGCGGAGCUCCGGCCCCUUCCCCUGCGCUUCGCUGCCGCAGCGGCACCCAUGAGCGGGCUCCGAGCGCCCAGCCGCCCCGCGGGCGGGCGGGCGGCGGCGGGCACCGCGGUGCCGACCCGCCUGCUCGUGCUGGCGCUGCUCCUGGCCGCCGCCGCCGCUGGGGGAUGCGGGCUGGAGGCGGCGGACGUGGCCGGCGGCAAGAGGGCAGCGAGGGGAGGCGCCGCGACGGAGAGCGCGGCGGUUAUGGCAGAUCCCUGCAGUUCACUCAGCCCACCGUGUUUUACUGAGGAGGACCGAUUCAGUCUAGAAGCUCUCCGCAUGAUACAUAAGCAGAUGGAUGAUGACAAAGAUGGCGGUAUUGAAGUAGAUGAAAGUGAUGAGUUUCUAAGGGAAGAUAUGCAAUAUAAGGAUGCCUCUAAUAAACAUAGUCAUCUACACAGAGAAGACAAACAUAUCACCAUUGAGGAUCUGUGGAAACGCUGGAAAACCUCUGAAGUUCACAACUGGACUCAAGAGGAGACUCUUCAGUGGCUGUCAGAAUUUGUUGAAUUGCCCCAGUAUGAAAAGAAUUUUAGAGACAGCAAUGUGAAAGGAACAACACUUCCCAGGAUAGCAGUAAACGAGCAUGCUUUCAUGAUUUCUCACCUGAAAAUAAUUGACCGGAGCCACAGACAGAAACUUCAGCUGAAAGCCUUGGAUGUUGUUCUGUUUGGACCACUCACACGUCCCCCUCACAACUGGAUGAAGGAUUUUGUUUUAACUGUUUCUAUAGUAAUUGGUUUUGGAGGCUGCUGGUUUGCAUAUAGUCAGAACAGAACCUCAAGAGAACACAUCACAAAAAUGAUGAAGGACUUGGAAAGUCUCCAAACAGCAGAGCAAAGUCUUCUUGACUUGCAGGAAAGGCUUGAAAAGGCACAAGAAGAAAACAGAAAUGUUGCUGUGGAAAAGCAAAAUCUGGAGCGCAAAAUGAUGGAUGAAAUCAAUGAUGCAAAACGGGAAGCUCAUCGACUUAGGGAGUUGCGGGAAGGAGCUGAAUGUGAGCUGAGCAGGCUCAAAUAUGCAGAGGAGGAGCUAGUACAGGUUCGAAUGGCUUUAAAAAAAGCUGAGAAGGAGUUUGAGCUGAGAAGUAAUUGGUCUGUUCCUGAAGCUUUGCAGAAAUGGCUUCAGUUAACACAUGAAGUUGAAGUACAGUACUACAAUAUCAAAAGACAACAUGCAGAAAUGCAAUUAGCAAUUGCCAAAGAUGAGGCAGAAAAAAUAAAAAAGAAGAGAAGCACUGUGUUUGGAACACUGCAUGUUGCACACAGCUCCUCUCUGGAUGAAGUGGACCAUAAAAUACUUGAAGCAAAGAAGGCACUCUCUGAGUUGACGACAUGUUUGCGAGAGCGUCUUUAUCGAUGGCAACAGAUUGAGAAGAUUUGUGGUUUUCAAAUAGCACACAAUUCUGGACUACCAAGCUUGACAUCCUCUCUCUACUCUGAACACAGCUGGGUAGUGAUGCCUCGAGUUUCCAUUCCUCCUUACCCAAUUGCAGGGGGAGUUGAUGACUUGGAUGAAGAUACUCCUCCAAUAGUUUCACAGUUUCAUGGGUCCAUUGUAAAACCUCCUAGCACACUGGCAAGAAGCAGUAGCUUGUGUCGCUCAAGACGCAAUGUUGUGCCAUCAUCUCCACAGUCUCAACAGGCUUUGCACUCCCCUGACCCUGACAUCCUUUCUGUGUCAAGCUGCCCUGCUCUCUAUCGAACUGAAGAGGAGGAAGAAGCCAUUUACUUCUCUGCUGACAAACAAUGGGAAGUACAGGAAACAGGUUCAGAAUGUGACUCCUUCAAUUCAUCCAUUGGAAGGAAGCAGUCUCCUCCAUCAAGUCUUGAGAUGUACCAGACUCUCUCUCCUCAGAAGGCAUCCCGGGAGGAACUCUCAUUGGAGGAAUCAUCUACGGGAGACUCCUCUUCUCUAACUGCAGAUAUUUCCAGGGGCUCUCCUGACUGCGUAGGCAUGGCAGAAACUAAGAGCAUGAUCUUUAGUCCUGCAAGCAAAGUGUAUAAUGGAAUACUCGAGAAGUCUUGCAGCAUGAACCAGCUUUCAAGUGGGAUCCCACUCCCAAAGCCUCGCCACACCUCAUGUUCCUCAGCCAGCAGCGACAGUAAACCCAACCAUGAAGCCUCUUCUGUCCCUAGGAUAAGUAGUAUCCCACAGGACCUGUACCAAAACGGUGAAAAAAACAAAAAGCCAUCGAAAAUAAAAAGCCUCUUUAAGAAGAAGUGUAAGUGAGGUGGGCAGAAUAAACCUACAGUAAUGUUAUGAAAACUACUUUUUUUAAACCUUUCGAAUGUAAUUCCAUUCGAGCAUUCCAGACUGGAUGCCCUAAUGGAAUGCUCUGUAGGUCAACUCUGUUUAACUGACUCUACUGUCAAAGAUCAUGCCAGCUGUCAAGGAGAAAUCAUUAAAAAGUUCAGACAGUUUACAGUCAUUUCUGCCUAUUUAUUUCUGUGUUUUCAGUUUAUUCAUAAACCUUUUUUAAGCCACUUUGGACUUCUAAGCUUUAAUGGACUAGUAAGCCUUCCUGGGCUUGCCAAAGUUUCUUGUUUACCAGAGCAUCUUCUUAUCUUUCCAUAGAGCUAGGACAUUUAUCUACUGGACUUUAAGAAAAUAAAAAGUAGAACUAAUUGAAUUGCACUACUGUUUUCCAGACUGGAAAAGUCUCUCUGCAAGUGAAACUGAAAGACUUAUAAGUGACUGAGAAGAUGGAUCUUUUCACUUUUAGAUCUUUUGGCAUUUUUAAGUAGAACCUAGGAUUUCUAAUUGACUUGAUUUCUGGAAAUGGAAAUGCCACACUUUUAUUAUGGGAAGCUUUGUUAGAUGCAUUUAUUAUUAGAAUGGGUCAAGUCCUGCUGUAAAGAUCAUGUUUUUCCCAGGACUUUCACUGUGAUUUUACUUCACUGCAGGCUGUAUGAUAAAAUAUAUAGAUAAUUUAACAAGAGAAGAGGCUCUUGAUUCCUUAUGCAAGUGAUGGAUAUGAAACUUGACCGAGGACUGAAAAUAUUCUCUUAAAUGAGGAGGGGGGAUAGUAGCUUUUGUUUACAGACUGACAGACAAUGGACAUCUGGUUUGUAAAAGUUUGUACUGUGGUAAAGAUAAUAAAUUGGAAACAUUAUUGUGCUUGGGAAUGUUCCAAUUUUAGCUGAUGCUUGUUUCAGAUGUUUCAGAGGUCCUUUUUUGUUGAAAGCUGUUGUAGGCUACGUUGCUUAUGCUUAAUGCUGUGUGUAAGUUAUUGUUAUAUUUUUUGGAUUAGCUAUUAAUGUCUUAAUGUCCUCCUUUUGUAAGAUUUCAUACACUUUAUUUUUGUAUAGUUUGAAAAUUUAGCUGUUCAGACAUGUCUGAAGUAAAUGGUAUAAUUUUAUAAUGCAUACUGUUAUACUAACUCAUAAUUUUAGAUAUAAAGAUAGAUAUAAAGGUGAGGCUCUAGACAUGCUUCGGAUAAGCAGUUUUUAUGUUAAGUAAGCUUUUAUAGGGAGAGAUGAAAUUACUAUGGGGUAACAAAGAAGUCUUCUUAGGGAAACAGUAACUAGUUGUUCAGAAACUUUUUUUUUUUUUUUAAAUCCUUGGAGACAACAAAUGUACUGCUUGAGUAACAGUGCCUUUUAUUCAGUUUGUCUGAAAAAUGUUAAUACUGAGCAAGAAUUUCUUUUGAGGUACAUUCCAGAGAAAUAUUUCUUGCUCUAGUGAACACAAGCAAUUUAUCCAGUGAUGACUAAAUAGUUUCAGCUCUUCCAUAGGGGUACGCUAGUUGCCUCAGUAACAGCUGCUGCUGCCGUGACCUGUGAUUAGGGGCUCACUCCUUGCCAAUACGUACAUGCAGUACUGUAUGAAAGAAUUCACUGACUGUCUAAACUGUUUGCGAGUGAGUAGCCUUCAACAAAACCUGUAGUUAAUUAAAAUUGAUACAGUUUUCCUUUCAUUUUCUAUUUAGGUUCCACUGUACAUAAUUGGUGUUAGUUGCGUCCUGGUGAAGUGGUGAAAUUAAUGGAAGCAUUUACUGUGGCCAGUGAAACAGAAGAGGAGGACCGUUAGGGAUAGAUUUCAGUGUUUGACAGUCUCUAGACCACAGUCCAAAGGAUGUGGCAGGCCCCUUAUCUGAUUUAACAAGUGGAAGUGAUAGCUUUGGAGAUAAGGGAUGUAGACUAUCCAAACCCUGGGAACAAAUCCAAGGGUGGCUAUGCUUUAAACGCUGCUACCCCAAGAGAUGGGAAGUUCCACUGACGAAGAGUUACAGCUAACACAGGCCAUUAAAGUUUGGACAGAGACAUUAUAUAUGCAUGUGAAUACCUUAAAAGUCUUGGAACAUCGAUUUAUUUAAGAGAACAGAAAGCAUCCAGAGUUUUACUGUCUAACAAAGGAUGGUUGAAUGUUGUAUAUAUAGAAAAGAAGCACAGAAGAAAUCAAAUGUGUGGUAACAUUUAGAGAAGAGACGCAUGGGAGUAGAAAAUAAUGAGAACAUGAUAUUGUUCCAUUCUUCUCCGAGUCAUCAAACUGAACAACUAUAGCUGCAAAAAAGUCAUCACAAGGUAACAUGUCUGUGAACAAAGACUGUACAUGUUAGACUGUCAAAAAAACAGUGAUGCAGAAAGAUGUGCCAUCAGAGAUAACCAUCUCAAUGCUGAGUCUUGAGUUGUGGUUAAAAAGCCCAAUACAGUAACUGAACAUGUACAAAGGGAAACUGUAAAAAUAAGAAACUUAUUUUGCCUCAAAUAGCAGCAUGGAAAAGACAACCACCAGAAAAACAUUCAGUUUUGAUGUCUGCACUUGAAAACACUAUAGCAAUAAUUGAAUUAAAGCAAAAUCUGCAGCUGGAGAAUAGAUCUUGCAGUGUGAGGUUUGAGGAACUCUGUCUCUAUCACUACCAAAGAUGAUGAGGGAGCAUUCUGAAACUGAAGAGUAAAUACUUACACAUGAAAAGAAAUGGGGUACUUUGGAGUGGGUAGAGAGUACUGCUUAAUCCUGAUGUUGAAGUCAUGCAAGUUCAAAUUCUAAAAAGCCAAAACAGACAAGUUCAGUUUUAUAUAGUAAGUAUAACUAAAAAUUACGAGUAGUGGAAAUAGUUGACUUAUUGGCUUUGAAUCCUUAAAAACAAUGUUAAGUAUCUUUUUAAAGUACACAAUUCAAUGCAACUUAAGAAAAAAGUCAUGGUGUUGUACAAACAAAUCAGAUGAGAUUAAUACAGUGAUAGGUUUUGGCUUCAAAAUGGCUUCCCAAACCUUUAGAGCACAGGCUGCUCUCAACACUCAGUUUGCCACCAGUUAUCCUGAAACUUUAUAGUUGCUAUUUAACAAACUGCUUUUUGAGUAUAUAAAAUAUAAUAGCACUAAAAACUCAAGUUAAUAUGAUCAGAGAAGUAGUGGGCAUUGUAUGCUGGAGCGUAGACAGUAAUUAAUUUGAAGUUCAUAGACAUUUUUCAUUAUUUUAAUGUAGCCCUUACCCAUCUUACUACCUAAAUCUGUUCACAUUCUAAAUGACUUGCAUUGUGUCUAAUGUGGCUACUGUAGAAGUGCACUUCAAACCUUUAGCAUUCUUUAUUGCACUAAAAUUUUUAUUCCACUAAAAUCAUUUGGCAUCUGAUGAGGUAGAGGAAGGAUUUCCUGAGCCAGUGCUGCGAAGCUGUAUAUAAGAAGGAAGUGUGUUGAAAUGUUGUGUUGACUCUAAGGAGGAUCUUCAGUGGCAAACAUCAAAUCCAGCCUUAAAGUUGAAGUACCUGGCAUAUGUCAACAUCUCAGAGAAGUGAGGAGAUGAUGUGCUUUAAAAGGUCCUCCAAGAUUUUCCUCUGCUUGAUUAAUGAUGUAAUUUAUUUGAACUGACUGGCAGUUGGUGAGUUCAGCCAGUAAUCCAACCACUAGGAUUUCUGUAAGACAUGUCAAUCAUCCUAGAUGCAAUCUUCUAGUGUCAUCAGCCUUAAAUGGCUCAGGACUUCCUAAGCUCUUGACUCAGCCUGGUUGUGAUCAGAGUAUUUGAGUUUUUAUAGCUAAAAUCCAUGUUCUGAGAACCACUGGAGAAUUUAAAAUAGAUGAUGAGGAUUCUUGCUUACUUAAAUAUUGUGUUGAUACUUUUGUCAGGACUGGCCCCUUUGUGGACACUGCCCCAAAAGGUUCUCCUUGAAGAGGUUACCAUUUAAGUCUUUCAUCUGUAAUAGGAACUGUCAAAUAUGUGGUUCUUAUAUAUCAGGAAGUACACUGGCAAACUGGGGUGGGGAAGGGAAUGGGAAACCCAAACCUCCAUAACUGAACAAAGACAAACCUUUCCAGAAUUCUGUUUGAAGCUGAUGUGAUUUUUCUUUUCUAAGAUCUUUCUUUUCUUUCAAAAACUUCAGGAAGGGCAUUUCUGGUUGCUUACAGUCAACUUUGAGAUUAAAACAGUUAAUUCUUUUUCCUCAGUCCGUGUUGGAAUUUAAGUUAAAACUGCACUUUGUCAGUUCCAGGCAUGUAUCAGUACCCUUUUAUCUCCCUACUUUGCUGGUACCUAGGUAACAGAUUCCCCUUCACCUUCUGAUGGGCACUUUGCUGAAACAGGGAAAAUGUAUAGAUUCUCUAUCUUAGUCAAGGUUAUAAUGUUACAUUAAGAAUACACUUUCUCAUUUGGAGGGCAGUGAGAUGGUAAUAAACCUAAGGGAACUUGACUCUUUGCCUCAUGAUAUUUAUGGAUGCCAUCCUGAGUUAGGCAUUAAUUUUACAACUAGUUGAAAGCCUGCAAAGAUAAAACUAAUUAGAAAUAGAAACUUCCAAGGUUUUGGCCUUUUGCUUCUAAAUAUAUGGGAAAACAGUUCGCACAGGACAAGGAUAAGCUCUAAUUACUAUUUCUUAUACAAUCAGCUUUUAGAGUUUCAGGAUAGUUUCAUUCCAUUUCCAAGAUACAUUACUGGAGAAGGAUUACUGCCUUAAUUUUAUAAUGUAUGCAAAGAAGCAUUUAUUUUCCAUUUAAACUUGAAAACAGGACAGAAGAACAUAAACAAACCUGAAUGCUUAACUUUAAAUCUUUUUUGAGGCCAACUAAAGGAAUUAGUGGUUCAUGGACCUUUUUAGUAUUUGCUUAUCUACAUGUGCAAUAUGUUAAAUAGGAUGAACAUGGUUUUCUUAUCUGUUCCAGUUGCACUGGCUGAAGUGAUGGGUUACUAUCUUGUGUUUGAAACACUGCUUGUUUAGAAUUGCUCUAGACAUUUUAAUCCUGGAUGUUGUAUCUUUAAUGAAUAGCCUGCUAAGGCUGCAUGAUUCUGAGUGCUGGCAAAUUUUUCUACUAGUGGCUCUUAAAAUAAAUUUUGGUUGUAAUCAAAAAAGGUUUUUACCAAUAGUUUGGCUGCCUGCCAGCAUGUCACAGCUCUUUGAGCUUCAGUAGCCAGGUCAACAGUCUCAUACACAUUUUCUUUCCCUUCCAGCUCCUUUGAGAUGAUGCUGAUCUGAAACUCCCCUUAGUUCUGUCUUGCAUAAACAAUGUAUGAUUCAUGUCAAUUGUAACAGUUACCUUUAAACUAUUACUCCCAGUUGCCCUUGCAUCUGACAUUACUUGAGCAAGAUGGCAGUACUUAUCAGCCCACUUUUGUCUUUCAGAAAUAAAAUGGAUUUCACUUGUUUCUCUACUACUGUGAACCCCAAGUUUACCAGAUUUGGAGAGUAUGUGUGUCUGGUAUUUUUUCUGAAAUGAGAAGUGGGAAGAUUGGUCUCUGCUUGGAUGUUAAGGCAAAUAUGUUUGAGUAGAGUAAAAAGAAAUUCCUCUUGCUUAUCCCAUAGGAUGAAAAAGAGUGCAGAAAUCUUUGAUCUGUUCCUAAGUCAGAAAACUAGCCAAUGCUUACAACUUAGGUUGCUGGAGAUUCGACGUACAUUCUGUCGUGAAAUCUUCAGAUCAGUGAUUCUUCUCUUUAUCCAAGAAUCAAACUUUCUUCUUUGGAAGUACUCUGCAGGUCAUUGCUUUGAUAUUUUUUUUCCAUUUUCUACCCAGCAUUAAAUUUGAUAGGUACAGCAUUAAGUUGCAUGGUUGCCAGACCUCAGUAGUUUUGGAUAAUAAUUUGUGUAGUGGGUCUUAAAGCUGAAUUUUGUUCAAUAUGUGUUAAAGACAUCUGAAUUAAGAUUUCCUCCCCUCCCUCCCAUACAUUCCUCUUAUUUUAAUUCUGCACAGUUCUUUAAUCCUUCUACUGUUACAAAAAUACACAGGUACUGAUAGUUGAUUCAUGUUCACAUUUACUGUACAGGACAUUUUUCAGCUGAGAAUUGAUAAGUGGUAGAAAUUUGCUUUUUAAAGACUAGAUCAUGGUUGAAUAUCUGUAAAAAGGCUGCUGUACUUCACUUGAGCUAGGUAUGGCAUUGACUCCGCAAUUUGUGCAUGAGUGGUAAGGUUAUCCUUCUUAAUUUCUGAUUCAUCUGUUUCUUAUCUCAUAACUGAGUUGCCCAAAUUAUUUUCCAGUCUGAAUUAAUUUAAAAUUAAGGUCAUUAUGCCCAGUCAUAUGAAAGUCAGUCUUCAGCUGUCAGCCAUCAGUCUGUUCUUACUGAAAUAAGUUAAAACUGAUCUUCUGCAGAAACAUCUAUCUUGAGCAUUUAUACUGUUUUUUUUUUUAACUUGUUAGAUGGUAAAAAUAGGUUCCUGGAGGUCUCCAAGUAGAAGGUAGAGAACUUCUGAAGCGAUCCAGGUAACCUGUGUUCAUCAGCUUUCAAAUCCAUCUCUCAGUAAGACUGAGUCUCCCCAGAUGAAUGCAGAGCUACUUACUGCUCGGAACUUUGUAGUUAAUUCUAUUUGGCUAUUAUAAUAACUUGCAUGUGCGUUUGCUUACUUGUCAGCUAUUGAAAAGCAAGAGUUAUGGGAGAUCUUGGGGGUUUGUUUAAAAAGUUAGUGUUUAAGAAACAAAACAUGACUAACUCACAGAUGAGAAACAUGCCAGGUUGCGGACUGACUUGAACCAACAAACAUCCCAGCUUUUGGUCUGAAGUUUUUAAAGUAGUUCUUAAUGAAAUUAAUUGGCUGGCUUGUGUAUUUUCAUACUGCUUUCCUGCAAGCAACAAUAAUUAAAAAUUAAAGUGCCCUACAUUUUAGCAAGGCUGUUUGGGAGAUAUGCCUUGCCCUGUUCUUAUUUGUUAUUGAAAUAAGAUUGAAUGGUAGUGAAUAUUCAGCAUAUUAAUGUCUGAGUGAAAGAUUAGCAGAAUUGGAAUGAUUCAUAUUGCUUUUUAAUUGCAGCUUCAUAAAAAUGUAGAUAUUUGCAUAAAGCCCAUCAUUGGAUCUAGAUGUGUUUCAAUGAUAUAGCAAGAAGAGGACCAAGUCAAAUGUACACAAUUUUAAAUCUUAGAGUAUUCUACUGUUUUGGGAAGGUAUGUUGUCCUCCAUGCAGAUUCUGCUCUUCCUCUAUUUGCUCUUAGCUACUGUUUGUUUUCUUUAGCUGAACUAAAAUAAGAAACAAAGCCCUGAGACUGACUAGUUUCUCUAGUAUAUACUCACUGUACUUGCUUUUAACUUCAUCUACUGCAUGUUGUUAAUGCUGUACACAAAUGCAGUUGGAGUAUUUCUUUGGUGUUGUACAGCAUGAUGCAUUUCAUUCCCCUUUCUAGUUUACCUCCCAUUAGCUAUAUAUUGAUUACAAUUGGAAGAAGCUGAGUUUUGAGAAUUAAGUCUUUGCAUAAAAAAAUCAUUUUUCUGUGAGUCUUAUGAGAAAUGUCCUGCUUGGAGAGUCUCAGACAAUAUUUUCCUGUGUUUAUUCAUGUUAUUUUGCUUUAUUUCAUAAGUGGAUAUUGAUUUCUGAUGUGUUGUUACACUUAAUGUUGAAUAAAUCUGACUUCCAUUUUGAAAAGUGAAA